CAUAAGAAUCAUUGUUAAAAUUUGACAUGUUCUAGUAACAGGUUAUAUUUAUUGUAAAAAGUGACAAUUUUCAAAGUUCUUUUUCACAUUUUAAUAAAAACUAAAAAUUUUUUAAAAAUAUUUAUUAAAUUAUGUUCCACAUUGUCGAAUUAUAAUAAUGGGUUUGAGAAAUUUGUCAAACAUUUCAUUUUCAAGAAUAAAAUUUUCAUUUCUUGGAAGAAAAUGCGGCUACAUUGCAUUGCGUUCUUUGAAAACAUUUGAAAAUAAUGAAAAUAAAUUCGACGUUAUUGUUAUUGGAGGUGGUCAUGCCGGUACAGAAGCAUGUACAGCUGCCGCUAGAAUGGGGGCAAAAACAUUACUUGUCACUCAUAAAAAAAGCACAAUUGGUGAAAUGUCAUGUAAUCCAUCAUUUGGCGGAAUUGGUAAAGGUCAUCUUAUGAGGGAAAUUGACGCUCUCGAUGGUGUUUGUGGAAGAAUUUGCGAUAUAUCGGGAAUUUAUUAUAAAAUUCUCAAUCGUAGUAAAGGCCCAGCUGUAUGGGGUUUGAGAGCUCAAAUUGAUCGAAAAUUGUAUAAACAACAUUUGCAGGCUGAAAUUUUUAAUACAAAAAAUUUGGAAAUUUGUGAAGCCUCCGUUGAAGAUUUAAUACUCCAGGAUGAAUCUCAAUGUUGUGGAGUAAUUUUAAAGAAUGGUACGAAAAUAUUUAGCAGCACAGUUAUAAUAACAACAGGAACAUUCCUCAAAGGAGUAAUUAAUAUUGGCUUAGAAAAGAGACCAGCUGGACGAAUUGGUGAUGAGCCCAGUAUUGCUUUAGCAAGUACUUUAGAAAAUUUAGGAUUUCGAAUGGGAAGACUUAAAACAGGUACUCCACCAAGACUUGCAAAAUCAACAAUUGAUUUUUCCCAAUGUACAAUUAAUCCACCGGACAAAUUGCCAACACCAUUUUCAUUUAUGAAUGAAAAAGUAUGGUUAGAGCCGGAGAAGCAAGUGAAUUGCUAUUUGACAUUUACAAAUGAAAUGGCAGCUAAAGUUGUCAAAGAUAAUUUACAUUGUAAUUUACACGUGACGGAGGAAGUUACAGGACCACGUUAUUGUCCUAGUUUUGAAAGUAAAGUAUUGAGAUUUCAUAAAGAUCGACAUCAAGUUUGGCUGGAACCAGAGGGACUUGAUUCACCGUUAAUUUAUCCACAGGGAAUGUCUUGUACCUUGCCAGUUGAUAAGCAACAGGAACUUUUUAGAUGUAUUCCUGGUUUAGAAAAAGUCGAAAUAGUUAGACCAGGAUACGGUGUAACUUACGACUAUAUUGAUCCUCGAGAAUUAACUCCAGAGCUGGAGACAAAAAGAAUUUCUAAUUUAUUUCUUGCUGGACAAAUAAAUGGAACAACAGGUUACGAAGAGGCUGCUGCGCAGGGAAUAGUCGCUGGAGCGAAUGCCGCUGCAAAAGUCUUAAAAAAACCAUCUCUCUUUAUAAGUCGAAGUGAAGGUUACAUUGGUGUUAUGAUUGAUGAUUUAAUAACGGCAGGAACAACUGAACCUUAUAGAAUGUUUACAAGUAGAGCUGAAUUUCGAUUGUCACUGAGACCCGAUAAUGCAGAUCAAAGACUCACGUAUAAAGGAUUUAAAACUGGACUUGUUUCAAAUGAGAGAUUAGAAAAAACACGCAAUUUACAUGAGAAAAUGUCAAAUUGCAUUGAAUUAUUAAAAUCAGUUAAAAAAUCUAACCAAUCAUGGUCAAAAUUACUUUCAAUUAACAGUACAACAACUGAUUUGAAAAAUUCUUUUGACAUUUUAGGUGUUACAAAUUAUAACGUUGAUUUUCAAACUUUAAUAGAAAAAAUACCCGACAUUUUUGGACAAUACAAAGGAGAUUUAAUUUUAGCAAAUAGAGUAAAGAUUGAAUCAAUUUAUGAGCGUUGUGUCUUAGUUCAAGAGUGUGAAAUUAAUGAACUUAAAAUCAAUGAACAAAUGCGUAUACCAAAGGAUUUAGAUUACAAUGCAGACUCUUUAAAUAUUUCAAUGGAAGAUAGGGAAAAACUUAUUGCAGCAAACCCACAAACUAUUGCGGCAGCAAACAAAAUUUCCGGCGUGACACCUUCUGCAAUUUGGAAGCUGAUGAAUUUUCUAAAACGACAUGAACAAAUUUUAUAGUUUUUUAUUCGCCUCUAUCACGGCAUUUGUAUAUUAUUUGUAAAUAAAUAAUGUCUCAAUUUA